GUCUACCGCCUUCUCCACCGCCAAACCUUCCUCGGAAACUGCCUGGAAAAGCGGAUUUUCCUUGACGCAUCCAACAAUCAGGACAACAAAGUCGUCGCUACGGUCGCAGCCAUUCUGCGAUAGAUAAUGCCGGCACAAAAGGCUCUACAUUAUUCCAAAGUGAUGGUUCUACGAUAAUGGCGACUAGAUUCGUGCCGCGCCAGGUAUUUCCCAACUAUGCCUCCAUUCCGCGGUCCUACUUCCUCGGCCACCACAGGGCAGGGUUGAAAAAGAUGCAGAAUAUGCUCUCUUCUAUUGACUAUGUGGUUGAAUGUCGAGAUUCUCGGGUUCCGGUCACCUCUGUGAAUCCUAUGUUUGAAGAGGCUUUGGGAAAAACCCGACGCUUGAUCGUCUACACCAAGAGGGAUUUAGGAGCUGAACUAGGGUCAAUUGAACAGAAGACCGCUGAGGAAACCAUACGGAACUUUGACCGCAAUAGCGCAGUAUUUUUCGUCAGUUCGUCUUCACGUCCGAAUGUAACCUCAAUCCUCAAGCAUUUGCGCACCGAUGCGGCAGGUCCAGAUAGACUUGUUGGUUGUCGCGUGAUGAUUGUCGGAAUGCCCAACGUAGGAAAGUCGACGUUAAUCAACAAUCUUCGCAAUCACGGCGUCGGAAAGGCCAAAGCGGUCCAGACUGGAGGCCAGCCUGGUAUCACGAGGAAGAUUGGAACUCCCGUGAAGAUCAUUGAGAGGGAGAAUGGCGCUCAUGUCUACGUGCUGGACACACCCGGAGUAUUCAUGCCCUAUGUGCCAGACGCCGAAAACAUGCUGAAAUUAGCCCUUUGCGGUUGUGUCAAGGACUCAGUGAUCUCACCGGUUACUUUGGCAGACUAUCUGCUAUACCACAUCAACUUACAUAACGCCGACGUCUAUCAACGUUGGUCUCCGGCGACCAACGAGAUUCUGUCACUCCUGGAUAGCUUCGCUCGCCGGACGGGCCUUCUCGCCAAGGGGGGUAUACCAAAUAUUGAGCAUGCGGCUCUGAAUUUCAUCUCGAAAUGGCGCUCUGGUGAGCUCGGCAGGUUUAUACUUGAUGAUUUACAGGCGGAAGAGCAACGCCGCGAACUAGGCGAGGAGAUAGAAGUGAAACCCAGUCUCACGCAAGCCUUGAAAGCAGAAAGGCUAGCGAAGAAGAAGCCUAGAUUAGAAUCGGGAACUGAGCAAAAAUAACUUGAAUGUCCAGAUACUUUAGAUUUAUACCCCAUAUAACGGAAUCUUGAUAAAUGAAAGUCAUCAGAUAUGCACCGAGCUAAGCCGAAUAAAAUGAACAGAACCAGAAGGAAUGAAGGAAAAGAGACAAGAAGGCGCACUAUGAGAUCUUCUCCAAAAGACGUCUCCUUCUCCUAUCCACAAGUUCUUCCUGUACCUCAUCCAAUGACGGCAGUCGCCAUUCAACACCAUCCCCAGCAUCUCCAGGUAGCGGCUCCCACCCGUCUUCUGCAUCCUCGCUAUCAGCCUUUUUCCGUAGCUUCUCUACCGCCUCUUUCUCCCUUUGCAUUUCAUAUGCAAGUAACGUGCCAUCCUCUUCGUCAAGCCCAUAGCCAAAGUAACUGGCAUCCACCUUCUUCGUUGCAAUAUCCCCGCCCCUCCCCGUCGUAACCUCAUCCUCCUCCGCAGGCCUCCCUCUCCUCGCCGCAGCCUCCAACAACUCCUUCACACCAGGUAACUCCCUCGCACGUCCGAAAUAUCGAUAUCCUUUCCCACCGCCGGGAAUCUCCCUCCCUUCGUCAUCAUACACCCGCCCCGAGCCACGCAUAUAAUUCGGCCCGCCCAGAUUCCGAAUCUGCAUUUCCCACGCCCACUUCUCGCGCAUAAGCUUGUUGAUUUCGUCAUUCAGAUCGCGUAUCUGGUGGUCGGAUAGACUCGGUUCUUGGAUUCGGGACACCUUGCGCGAAAUCUCUUUGAGGACCUGGCCGCGCCAUUUCUCGCACAUGGGGAUCGAUUCGACGGUCGUGAUGGCCUUGGGGCGUCUGGUUCGGCCUAUGUCGAUGAUACCUAGGUCUGCGGCCUGUUGGGCCCGGAAGCGGAAGAGCAUCGACUGGGCUUUUUCGCUGUUGCGUGCCUGCGUUUCAUCGUGAGAACUUUGCGAUUUU